AUGACGGUCGUAUCAUCGUGGCGUCUCCUUGCCGUCUUCUCGCUUAUUGCUGCCGUUUCGUCGCUGGAGGUCACACCCGGCUCGGAUUGUGCGGCCCUGUGUUUGGAUGGGCAUAACGGGACGGCAGUAGACACAUCCGGAACGAGCUCGUCCGACAUUGUAUGCGAAAACGACCAAUAUCACUCGACCGGCACCGGCAUCAAGUUCAAGAACUGCAUCAGUUGCCUCCAGAACAGCCAGGCAACCAAGGGGCCAGAAAGCGACGCCGCGUGGUUCAUGUACAACGUCCGCUAUGCGGUGGAUGUCUGUCUAUUCAACUUCCCCGACGCCAUCUCCGACAUCAACUCCCCCUGCAUCAUCAACAGUGCUUGUCUGCCCCUCAAGAAUGCCUUGACGAGCGGGCUUGUAGCACCAGAGGCCGGGACCGCCUACGAUUAUUGCACAGCAGACAACGACAAGUUUUCAAGUUCGAGCUGGUGGUCUUGCGUCCGGUGUCUACAGUCCAGCGACGACCAAAGCUACCUCUCCAACUUCUUGAUCGCUCUCAAAGCCGGAUGCCAGCGCAAACCUACGGACGGGAGUUUGAUUGGGUUAACGGGCCAAUUGUUCUCGGAAGUGGCGGUUAACAUCACCGACACGGCCACCAACACGACGAUGCCUGGCGACGGAGGGGCUUCCGCAACCAGCAUGACGCUUGGAACGAUCGUGGGUAUCGCAGUCGGCGGCGGCCUCGUCUUCGUCGGAGCCAUAUGCCUCUUCAUCAUCUACUGCCGCAAGCAGCGGAAACAGAAAGCGCAGGACGGGGGAUAUCUCGACCAGAGACCACCCGGGAGCAACGGCAGCUCCGUCACAGCGACCAGCAAGAGCCAUUACAUCCCGAUAGCGGACCACAAAAAGUCGUCUUCGAUCCGCUCGUACAACUACGAGCUGCAGGAAAAGCAGAACGUCAUCCACAGCAACGCCGACUAUUAUGACAGGCUGGCGCAGGAGGUCCAGGCCGGUCGCGAGAUGGCCCACUACAACUUCGACCCUCACUCCGGCCACCACGGCCCGGGGAGCGCUCUUCCCACACACCCGGCCUACAUACCCCGGGCCAUGAGCCGCCAGUCACACCGUACCAACACCCCGACACCACCUAACCUCCGAAGGACCAACACCCCGGACUCGUACGCGCUGCAAACCUACCUCAACGCCGUCGAGAACCCGGCCGUAUCUGCCAUCAGACCACCACCGCAAGCCGCCUCGCGAACCCCGUCGCCCGCGCGGUCACAGCGGUCAUAUACCGACAACCCCGCGCUGCCCCAGCUCGCCAACAUCCCGCCGCCGCCUCCGGGAGGGCCUCCGUCCCGGAAACAAUCCAGGAGCAUACCGUCCCUCUCGCUCCCCUCGGUCCCCCGGAUCCGCGUGCCCAAGCAGUACUCCCCGCCACAGAUCGUCGUCGAGGGCGCGACGCCGGUGGAUGAUCGUGGCGAGACAGGCGCAAUGCACAUCUCAGAGCCUCUGACCCACCACGGGGAGAGGUUCCAGGACAGGCCACUGGCCGGCCGUCCUAUCAUCUCGUACGUGGCGCCAGUGAGGGACAUAGACCCUCAAGAUUAUGAGAGCGAUAUACCCAUCCGGAGCGGCAAAAGCACUUUGUACGGAUAG